AUGGCCCCGGUGGCCGCUGAGGGUGUACCCCUUCUCUAUGUCACCAUAAUAAUGCUCUCGUUCUCCUGGGUGGCCCUCGUUGCACGCCUGGGAGUGCGGAAAUGGAAGAAGAAUCUCGGCGUGGAUGACUGGCUUAUGUCCGCAGGUCUUAUUCUCUACUCGGUGACAGCGGCUCUGGUCAUUGUAUGCUGCUUUUACGGUGCGGGACAGCAUUCAAAAGUGCUUGAUAGGCCUACCAUCCAGAAAGGAACCAAGCUCUUUUUCAUCGCCGAGUUCUUCUACGCUGCUUGCACAGUCCCCAUCAAAUGCAGUAUUUGCGUGACACUUCUCCGGAUAGCCGACGCCCGCCGCCGAUUCGUGUGGACUAUUUGGGGUAUGAUGGUCCUGAUGGCCCUUGCGGCUGUCAUUUUUAUCAUCGUCAUCGCAAACAUCUGCCAUCCGAUCAUGACACUCUGGGGUGAGGCGAAUGGUGUUUGCAACCUGGAGCUGAACAGCAGCGUCAGCUUCUUUUUCUCGGCCGUUUCUAUCGUGACCGACUGGACUCUCGCCAUCCUCCCGGGAGUUUUGCUUUGGAGAAUCCAGAUGAAAUCUCGGGUCAAAUUCUCGGUGACCAUCAUGCUUGGUUUGGCUGCUUUUGCGAGCUGUGCGACCAUCGUCCGACUGCGAUACCUUACAUUGUACAACGAUCCGAACGAAUUCAUGUACAGCACGGGAGCGAUUGGCCUGUGGUCCAUCAUCGAAGAAGGCAUCGGAAUCAUCGCUGGGUCUAUGCCAGCCCUACGACCUCUACUCAGCCUGCCUAUCUUCGGCGGCAGCACUUAUGCCAGCGGUGCUAACUCCGGAAAUCCUUCUGCCCAGCUCAAGUCUGGCGCAUCUACACACAAUCACGGCCACAGCAACUCUCGAAAUCGGUUUGGAGACACCGUCAAGAUGGACACGUUCGAUCCCUCGGCACCGGCCGAAACUGGCUACCACAAGAAGGCCAGAUCGCACGGGAGCGUAGACGACGAUGGCGACAGCCAGAAGUACAUCCUGAAGCAGACACAGGUCACAGUAGAAGCAGCUCCCACCACCGCGGCCGAAGACUGGGGGAGACAACAGGUACUUGGAUGGCAACCCCAGAAAUUUUAA